AUGAAGCCGAUCGCAUCGAGAAAAGUUAAUGCUCUCAACGAGCAAUCAUGCACUUCGCGAGAAGCGACCGACGAUUCCACCAACAUCGCCUGCGAAGAUACGAUACAAAAAGGAAAAAUCGUGACUUUCUACGAGCACGAAACUAUAAAGCUCGAUAAGCCCCACGACGAUGCCUUGGUGAUCGCACUGGAAGUCGAAGGGAUCGUCUUCUUGAAAAUCCUCGUCGACACCGGAAGCGCUGUCGACAUCAUCUCGCAAAAAACGCUACGGUCCCUCAAGCAACCGAUCCCAAUUAUCAAACAAGAAGCGACUCCCCUCGCUAGCUUCGAAGGAAAGUCGGUUCGUCCGCUCGGGAUCAUAUUAUUAACCACCAGAACUCAUGAUCUGGAACUGAAAACAGAAUUCACCGUAGUCAGUCAUCUUAUGCCUUUCGACGCCAUCGUAGGGCGCCCCUGGUUGCACCAGAUGAGGGCGCUCGCCUCGGUUUAUAACCAAUGCGUGAAGUUUUUAUCCUCAACCAGCGAGAAAACCAUACUCGGAAGCCAAAAACAAGCCCGAGCCUGUUACAUGUCCGAAUUCCGAAAAAUGCCGCAGAAGGAGGAGAAUAUCCCACUCGCACGCGACCUCUCAGUAAAAGACCCCGCCAAAGAUCUAUCGAGCGUCGUCGCCCUAGACGAGAGCUCCCCCAAAAAAGGCGUCAACAUCGGGAACGAUCUCCCUCCUGAAGUCAAGAACGACCUCGUAUCUUUCCUCAAGCAAAAUAUUAAGACAUUUGCAUGGUCUGCGGGAGAUAUGCCCGGAAUCGACAUCAAUAUCACCUCACAUGACCUAAACGUCGACCCUACGUUUAAGCCUGUCAAGCAGAAACGAAGGAAACUAGGACCCGAACGAGCCAAGGCAGCAAACGACGAAGUGGACAAGCACCUAAAAAUCGGUUCUAUUCGUGAAGUCCAAUACCCUGACUGGCUCGAAAACCCAAUCGUAGUAAAAAAGAAAAAUGGAAAAUGGAGAGUGUGUAUCGAUUUCACCGACCUCAACAAAGCAUGA